AUGGAUCCUGGCUAUGCCCCUCAAGCUCAAGCUCAAGGCAACCUUCGUCGUGGCAAAACCCUCAACAGACCUGAACGUUUUCAGCCGGCAGUACCCUUAUUAACGGGCAAAAAAGAAUCUACCGCAUGGGAUCCGUGGGUACUAUUUUCCCGAAUAAUAACCUUCUGGGCUCCUGGCACACUACUAUCAUCUGUUGGUUUAGGCGAUAAACAAUCACAGCAAGCAUGGCGUGAAAAGAUAGCAUUAUGUUUCAUUGCCCUCGUGAUGGGUGGUAUAGUAGCCUUUUUAACUGUAGGCUUUACUCUAGUCCUGUGUCCACAGUCUCAAGCCAACAAUCCAGAACAAUUUUUAAGAUUUGCUGAUCCUGCAAAUGGAGGUUUAGUAGGCAUUUGGGGAUGGCAGUUCAACGCCACUAACAUGAAAGGAAGCUUUGGCGCAGUUCAGCCCGGACAAGAUGUUACUGGUUUUUUUCGUCGUACCGUGGCUGAAAUACCGGCAUGUAAUAAACCAGAGAUCCAAAAUUUCGCAGCUAUCAAGCAGGAAUUCUGCGUAAAGACACCAUCUAUCCCAAACCCAUGUUCGGAUGGCGAUUUUACGACUGAAGUGAUAGCAGGUCUUGGACUAGUAAACACCACGAAAAGAGUCGGUUACGACUGGAAACAACUAGCGGAUCUGAAAAACUACCUUGUAAUUGAUGGUAAUGUGCUUAACCUGGAUCAAUACGUAACUGCCAACCCUAACCCUAUCCAAGGCGACGAUUUAGACGCUGCCAUUCGAACUGUAUUGGGAACCGAUCAUCCUGAAGGUGGAAAGGAUGCCACUCGUCUCUUCUUUGGGCGUGAAAAUCUUAAAUCUACAGUCAACUGCUUGGUCUCUAAAUACUAUGCCGGCCAUAUUGACAAGGCGACAAUUGGAUGCUUCACAUCUCAGCUUUUCUUAUACGUAUCAUUGACCGUUAUUCUCAGUAUAGUCAUGACCCGUUUCAUCAUGGCUGUGAUAUUCGACUGGUUCAUUUCACAUCGUCUCGCCAGGGAGCCAAAAACAUCAGGCAAGCAAGUAAUAUCUCCUCAAGUGCUACCCGGAGGUGCGCGAAGCGGAGGCGCUGCUCCAUGGAUUCACCGCAAUGAUUCUGGUACUGUCGCCAAAACGAUCACCAUGGACACUGUAGGCAAGGAUUUGUAUACCGUGUUGCUCGUUACUUGCUAUUCUGAAGGCGAAGAAGGUUUACGCGUCACUUGUGAGUCUAUGGCUGCUACCGACUAUCCAGACGAUCGCAAACUGCUUUUCCUUAUCUGUGACGGUGUUAUCACCGGUAGUGGUAAUAGUCAGAGCACCCCUGAUAUUUGUGUCAGUCUUAUGAAACUUCUUCCGGAAUUUGAAAACCCACAGCCAAAGAGUUACAUUGCUGUCGCUGCCGGUAACAAACAACAUAACAGAGCCAAAGUAUUUGCCGGACAUUUCCCCUACAAGGGUCGUAUGGUGCCCAUGGUUACGGUUGUAAAAUGUGGUAAUCCAGACGAAGAAGGAAAACCGAAACCAGGAAAUCGUGGCAAGCGUGACUCUCAAUUGAUCUUGAUGAACUUUUUCAGCCGUGUUACGUACAACGAUCGGAUGUCGGAAUUGGAUUAUGAUCUUUUCACAAAAUGUCACCGUCUUAUGGGCGUUACUCCAGACUUUUUUGAGAUUGUAUUAAUGGUUGACGCAGACACUAAAGUAUACGAAAACUCCCUCCGACUACUCAUUAACUGUAUGUGUAAUGAUCCCUUGAUCAUGGGUCUCUGUGGUGAAACAAAGAUUGCCAACAAACGCGAUUCAUGGGUUACCGCUAUUCAAGUCUUUGAAUAUUACAUAUCUCAUCAUCUUGGAAAAGGUUUCGAAUCAGUAUUCGGUGGUGUUACCUGUCUCCCCGGUUGUUUCUGUAUGUAUAGACUCAAAGCUCGUAAGGGUGAUGACGACUGGGUUCCCAUUAUUACAAAACCUGAAAUUGUCCAAGAAUACUCUCAAAACAUUGUCGAGACUCUCCAUCAGAAGAACUUGUUACUUCUCGGUGAAGAUCGUUUCCUGACCACACUAAUGUUGAGAAACUUCCCUUACCGUAAGAUGAUGUUCUGUCCACAAGCUAUCUGUAAAACUAUUGUGCCGGAUGAAUUCAAAGUCUUGCUCUCACAACGUCGUCGAUGGAUCAACUCUACUAUUCACAAUCUCAUGGAAUUGGUGCUUGUCCGAAAUCUUUGUGGUACUUUCUGCUUCUCUAUGCAGUUUGUCGUAUUUAUGGAGCUGAUCGGUACGGUCGUACUUCCAGUCGCUAUUAUGUUGACGUAUUCGUUGAUUAUCAGCAUGAUCUUACAUCCGCCAAAGGACUUUGCGUCUGCAAUUCCUCUGCUUAUGUUGGCAAUGGUACUUGGUCUUCCGGCUAUUCUCAUUCUUCUUACAACACGAAAACUCGUAUAUAUUUCAUGGAUGUCUGUGUAUCUAUUGGCUUUGCCUGUAUGGAACUUUAUUCUACCUACAUAUGCUUAUUGGCAUUUCGACGACUUUUCAUGGGUCCCGCUCAAGAGAUGGGAAGACUGGGAAAAAUCAAGAAUUCGUCGUAUUAAGCGCCAAGAACGUCAACAAAAACAACAACAGGUUGCUCCAUCACAUUAUGUACAUACGGAUAUGUCAGGAGAUGACGACCGUGCACAAUUAAUGGGCGGCGGUUUCGAAGAGGGCAAUUUCAAGAUGUCGGAUUUGGAGAACCAAGCCGACAAGGAGGAAAUAAUCAAGGCGGUGGUUACUAUCAAGGAGGAUAUUAAAUAA